UUUUUCGCAGGGUCCGGGUUGCUCGCCGAGCUCUGUUCUCUCUCAUUAGCCCUGCGGGGCCCCCCUCCGGGCGUAGCGAUGAGGCGGACCCGCGCGGAGGUGGACGCGACGCUCCAGAUCGCCAAGCUGAAUGCGGCCGAACUGCUGCCGGUGGUGCACUGCCUGGGCUUCGGCCCCGGGGCCGGCGCCGCUGCCGGCGACUUCUGCCUGCUGGAGCUGGAGCCCGCGCUGUGCCAGCAGCUGGAGGCCGGGCACAGUCUUGUGAUUCGGGGUGAUAAAGAUGAGCAGGCUGUGCUGUGCAGUAAAGACAAAACGUAUGACUUGAGAACAGCAGACACUUCCAAUAUGUUGCUUUUUAUUCCUGGUUGUAAAACUCCGGACCAGCUGAAGAUGGAGGAAAUGCAUUGUAACAUUAUUCACACUGAGAUCUUUGGUUUUUCUAAUAAUUAUUGGGAAUUAAGAAGAUGCAGACCUAAAUUAAAGAAGCUAAAGAAACUUUUGAUGGAAAAUACCUAUGAAGGACCCGACAGUCAAAAAGAAAAGGAUUCAAAUCAUUCAAAAUAUACAACUGAAGAUUUGCUUGAUCAAAUCCAGGCAAGCGAGGAAGAAAUAAUGGCCCAUUUACAAGUUCUAAAUGCCUGUGAGAUUGAAGGUUAUUGGAGGAUUCUUGAAUUUGAUUAUGAGAUGAAACUUCUAAAUCAUGUAACUCAGCUUGUGGAUUCUGAAUCUUGGUCUUUUGAUAAAGUUCCUUUGAAUACUUGCCUUCAGGAACUUGGACCAUUGGAGCCAGAGGAAAUGGUUGCACACUGUCUUAAAUGUUAUGGAAAGAAAUAUGUAGAGGAAGGUGAAGUUUAUUUUGCACUGAGUGCUGAUAAAAUAUGCAGAGCAACAGCACAGAUGCUCCUAAAGAAUGCAGUGAAAUUUAACCUCGCUGAGUUUCAAGAAGUGUGGCAACAGAGUGUUCCCGAAGGAAUGAUAACUAGUCUUGAUCAGCUUAAGGGGUUAGCCUUGGUGGAUAGACACUCAAGACCAGAAAUCAUAUUUUUGCUAAAAGUAGAUGAUUUGCCUGAGGAUAAUCAAGAACGUUUUAACAGUCUAUUCUCUCUAAGGGAAAAGUGGACAGAAGAAGACAUUGCUCCAUAUAUUCAAGAUUUGUGUGGAGAGAAGCAAACCAUAGGUGCAUUACUCACUAAAUAUUCUCGCUCUUCAAUACAAAAUGGUGUUAAAGUUUACAAUUCCAGAAGACCCAUUUCUUAA